AAAUCAGUCCCAGAGACGGAGAGAGAUUUGUUUCUAGAAAAAUAAAAGAAGAAAUUUUGUAUUUCAAAGUGUUAAAGAUCUUAUCAUUAUAAUAAAAUAUUGUGAAGGGAAUUUAAGCACAAUUCAUUUAAAAAUUACAACUUUUUUUUGUCAAAUGUACCGCGCUACAUUGCAUGACAAAAGUCACUAGAAACCUCUUCAUAUUUCAACCAAGUAUUUAACAAGGACAUUCCAGAUUCAAUACAAACAGUAAAAGGAUAAACUCACAGCUCACAGAGCGAUGUCAUCAUUGGACCUUUUCCAGCGUCACGUCACAGGAGUAUUCUUUAACUUAGGGAAGAAAUUCAGAAAUUUUUGGAGCUACCACUUGCAGGCAACAUGGAUUUCUAUAUCAUCUUCCUUUGGAUAUUCUACACAACAAAUAUAAUUACAAGUUAGCUGUAUGAUAAUUGUUACGAUUUAAAAGAAAAUGAAAGAAAAUUUGUCUAAGCUAAUAUUAGCUGUAUGAGAUUUGACGUGGUAAAGGACCUAAAUAAAAGGCCUUUGUCUAAAUUGUUAGUAGCAUAUCUGUGUGACAUUUAACACAUAAAAGAACUAAAAACAAAACGACGUCUAGAACUAAUUUAGUUGUAUAAAAUUUGAAACGAUAAAAGACGUGAAAAAAAAAACGAAGUGUGUCUAAAUUAUUAUCGGCAAAACACUUCAGAGGGAAAAAAGAAAGAAGUUGAAAUCACCCUCCACAGAAGUCGUUUUUUUUUUAAUUUAGAUUUAAAUUUAAUUAGCAAUGCUCGGUUACACAAACAAGUACUGAAUCCAAUAAAAAGCAGUUUUCAACACAUCAAACCAACUCUUUUAAAAUAUUCGACUACUAUAAUAUCUACAAAAUAGUUUAUAUCAUAGUAAUACCACAACGGAGAGGCUCUUCAGAUGAUCGAUUACAAAAACAAAAUGAACUAAAUGAAAGUAUCGUGACAUUUAUUGAAAGUUGUAACUGUAAUCGUAGUUCUAUCACACAAACACGAUUACACUCUGAAAUGUUAAAAGAACAGAUUUCAGUUCGACGUAGAUAUAUGUAAAGGGAGACAAUUAUCACAUCUACUUCAUAGUUUGCAGUUUUGUAUCAACAUAGUCUUUGGACUGUUUAAAAGAAAUGCUGAUAUUUCCUACAAGUACAAACAAAAGAAACUAAUCAGUUGUGGGACAUUUUAGAAAAGUGUAACUAAUUUAUUCCUGCAAGAUAAAAUUAACUUUUGAGGUCCUCUUUACCCGAGGGAAACGCUUCAGAAAAUAUUCUAUCUUGGAACCACCACCAUGGAGCUUUACAUUCUCUUUCUUUGGAUAUGCUGUCUACCUAAAGUGGCGCCAUUGGAGACUUGCCACUUUCCCGACUUCGUCCAAAGUCCAUCUGAGGACGGGCAGCUCAAGCCGUGGUCAACCAGAGUCUGGUGGCUAUUUAUUCGACAUGUGCCUCAGUCGGCUGAGAAGCAGGACAUUAUAAUCAAGAACGGCCAUUUGACCAGAUUUCGUGAGGUGAAAGACAAAUCCUGUGAGAGGACUUCCCAACGUAUCCAUCACAAGGCCAGGGUCGAGAAGUGCUCCGAGAGACUUCACGUUUUCAACAGGACCUGCAUCAGCGAGGAGCGAGAGAACACCUUCAAGGUCAUCCAGUACAAUGCUGACAGAUCUCACAGAUUUACCUGUAUGAAGUUUGUACGUAGAAGUGAUAACGUUGUACAGGUCUUUGAAGGUCCAUUAAAUGAUUUAAAUGAGAAAAAUUUAUGUGAUGAGUCUGGCCUUCACCUUGACGAGUGGCCAUGGACUGCUCAGAUGAGUAAAGAGCCAAGCUUUUGUGCAGUCAGUGGAGGAUUUAGUUAUCGGACAAUUAAAAGAUUAACUAAUGAGGACUUGUGUGAGGACGAGUGGAGGAGGUCCACGCUGGAGAUUGAGUGCAUGAAAGGAGACGGGAUGGAUUUCAUUGCCCCAGCCAACAGCAACUGUAACCCCUUCCUGAAGAGUGGCGACUGGAAACGUCUGUCCUGUUGGGCAGGUUGGACUCAUGGAGAGUUCAUCUUUAUUAUUGCUUCUGAUCUGGGCAGCGAGCCUCGUUAUUGUCUGCGUUUCCCCCGAGUUCAGACUGGAGAGUUCUCUGUGAUGGUCUACUUUAGCGUUAUUUGUCCUACAGAUCCAGACGGCAAGCCUCCACAUGGGAUAGAGUACUAUGAACUCAAGAUGUUCAGACGAGAGCCCAGUCAAUGUAGGGACGAGGAGGAAAGGAAAUGCAGGGAGGUAAUUACUUCACCUGAAAUGUGUGCUAAAGACACAGUUUUCGCCCCUCACUGUCAGGCAACAUGUGGACGAUGCCCUUCGGCUACUAUCUCCACCAUUAUGGGGCGGCGCUGUUGGCUGGACCCCCAGAUUCAUGGCGAAUGGAAGCUACACGAAAAGACCAGGACCUAUGACGUGAUCGUGGACAGGGAGAAAGCCAUCUUUACACACAUGGGGACAUUCAUGUGUCUGGAGGUGGAGAGCAAGCAUCAGAGAUACAAGAUGGUCUCGCUAUUUGACAAUGGGUGUUCUCAUCGCUACACCUGCAUGGAAUUCAUGCGCCGUAAUAACAAUGUCUUACAGUAUAGAACCAGUCCCAGUGACAGGGCAGAGUUAAAAAUGGAAGAUUUGUGUAACUUUAGAGAUGACCCUAUUCCUCUUUCGGACAUCUUCAGAAGUUUUUACUUUAAAAAUUUAAUCCUGGCCAAGGACCUCUGGCCCCAGUACUGCGGUCUGAACAGCGUCAUCCCUUUCAAUGGCACGGUCAACGGCAGGCCUUGCUCUGGUAACGUGUCGGACUGGGACGACGAGACGUGCUCCACUAGGGGAGUUCUCACUCUCAAGUCAAACACCUGUAAAGAGCUCAUCCUGCCAGCAGGUUUCCAGUGUUUGGCUUUCAUCUACGAUAGCGCAAUACCACUACAACAGAUCUUACUGACCAGAAGUCUAGACGGCAGGAACACGUAUAACUGUUGGAUUCUGACUAAAUAUGUUAGUGGCGUCCACUGGCAACGGCCACUGUUACUACAAAUGCCAACCAUUCAAUGUUCACUCAUUAUGGACGUACAGAUGGACUUCAAAGGCGGCCAUUCGACCAGACUAUAUUUGGACGAUGCUGCCAAAACUAAGCCCUGUAAGCCUGUAGAUGAAUACCGUCACAAUAGUCGCCCAGACAGCAACAGUUCAAAUCUUUCCUACUAUGUCCCCAGCAAACCGGGGGAUGAGCCUGCAGACGACACCCAAGUGGCUCUGCACACCAGUUCCACAAAGACUGUCCUCACGGCCCAGCCCCCGUCAGCCACAGUCUACCACAGCACUGACAUCCCCUACUGGGGUCUCGAGGACGGCGCCUCAGAUCGCCGCAUUAGUGAUACACUUUUUGCGUUCUUUAUGUGUAUAUUUGUGCCGGCUUAUUGGCUUUGUGUUUCGCAAACCACUGGCGUCUGGUGUAUGAGGUGAUCGCCUGCCUCCAUUGUGUAAAUACCUAGCAUCAUUCCAGAAUUUAGAUAUCAUUCAGGUCAAAGCAAGUAGUGAUGGAAAAUCGUCUGCGAGACACAUUGGAGAGCACUCCUUGGAAGUGCCAGAGAAAAUUUGGUGGAAAUGUUAAAAGAUGAAAAUGAAGUUAAAACAUUUAAUCACAACAUUUCAUCACUGUGAUGACAUUACAACAUUCAAAUAUCAACGCUGUUGUGUGUAUAUUUUUUAAAAAGAGACAGAGACAAAAUACAUUUAUGAAGGUUUGUCUAUAUUUCUACAUUGGCUUUGAAUAGUAGAUAAGUGAGGCUCUUGCUGAUCACUUCCAUAUACUAUUGGCCUGCAUAGGCCUAGUACUUCAUUUGUGUCAACAUUAUAGGUCUGUCUACAAAAAAAAAAGACCCUUAUGAACAUGUAAUGCUCAAAACCUUGGCAGUAUGAAAUGUCUAUACAGGCUUUGUGAUUUUAAACAAAAACAAAACAAUCCAAAAACAAUUCAGUAAUUAAAAACACAUGACACACACACAUCGCUCACCGUAAGACAUAUUACACACAUGACACACUGUAGUAAAUAGUCUUAUUAAUAAACACUGCCAAUGACCUGAUUUGGUUGCUAGGCUGGCCUACUGACUUAUGUAAUGUCUAUUAACACAUUCAAGCCAAGGAGAUUAAUGUUAAUUUUAAUAAAGAAAAACAAAUUCAAAGCUUUAUAGUCCUAUACAGAUUUAUGCUUUUAUCAAUGAUUUAAAGUAGGUUAUAGAUAGUGAAUGUGGCUCGAGCAAUAACAUUUUUCAUAUAAAUCAAAGCCUCAGCCACAGUGUAAUGGCAAAAUGCGUUUUAUCAAAACGAGAGGCUUUAAUAGUGGAAAGAGGAAACAGUCUUAACAACACAGCUUACAAACUAGAUCUACAUGUAUUUGAUGUAUUUGUUUUUCGAUGCAUGUAUUUAUAUUAGAAAAAGUGCACAUUGUAUAUGUGAGAACAUGUAAUGGUAAAAGCAAAUGCUGGGACAAAAAAAGAGGUGUAAUGAAUUGUUCUUUGAAAGUGGUUUGUCACAAACAGUUUUUAUGUUAGUGUCCAAGAGCAAUAAGAUGUCUCAUUGUUACGUGUAUAAUUAAUAACUGUUCAUGUUUGUUUUUUUUAAAUAUCUAUUUUGAUAUUUUAUUGCCAGAUGAUUUCAUUAAAUGUCAUGCUGUUAUA